AUGAAAGAAGAACCCACACAUAUGAAAGAAGAACCCACACAUAUGAAAGAAGAACCCACACAUAAGAAAGAAGAACCCACACAUAUGAAAGAAGAACCCACACAUAUGAAAGAAGAACCCACACAUAAGAAAGAAGAACCCACACAUAUGAAAGAAGAACCCACACAUAUGAAAGAAGAACCCACACAUAAGAAAGAAGAACCCACACAUAAGAAAGAAGAACCCACACAUAUGAAAGAAGAACCCACACAUAAGAAAGAAGAACCCACACAUAAGAAAGAAGAACCCACACAUAAGAAAGAAGAACCCACACAUAAGAAAGAAGAACCCACACAUAUGAAAGAAGAACCCACACAUAUGAAAGAAGAACCCACACAUAAGAAAGAAGAACCCACACAUAAGAAAGAAGAACCCACACAUAAGAAAGAAGAACCCACACAUAAGAAAGAAGAACCCACACAUAAGAAAGAAGAACCCACACAUAUGAAAGAAGAACCCACACAUAAGAAAGAAGAACCCACACAUAUGAAAGAAGAACCCACACAUAAGAAAGAAGAACCCACACAUAUGAAAGAAGAACCCACACAUAUGAAAGAAGAACCCACACAUAAGAAAGAAGAACCCACACAUAAGAAAGAAGAACCCACACAUAAGAAAGAAGAACCCACACAUAAGAAAGAAGAACCCACACAUAAGAAAGAAGAACCCACACAUAAGAAAGAAGAACCCACACAUAUGAAAGAAGAACCCACACAUAAGAAAGAAGAACCCACACAUAAGAAAGAAGAACCCACACAUAAGAAAGAAGAACCCACACAUAUGAAAGAAGAACCCACACAUAAGAAAGAAGAACCCACACAUAUGAAAGAAGAACCCACACAUAAGAAAGAAGAACCCACACAUAUGAAAGAAGAACCCACACAUAUGAAAGAAGAACCCACACAUAUGAAAGAAGAACCCACACAAGAAAGAAGAACCCACACAUAA